GUUAUUUCUGAACUGAAACUUACUAGAUUAUUUGCUUCAAAACAGAUUCUACCAAGUGAAUGUCUUAUUUGCCUGGUAGAACUCCUUGAGGAUGCUAAUACAAACCCUUCUCUAACCUUGUCUGUGGUUACUUUGCUGUCACAGCUGGCUUUAGACAAUGAGGCUAGAGAAGCUCUUCAGGAUACCUGCAACUUGACCAGUGUGCUGGCAGGGCUGGUUCAUCGAAGUUCUACUAAUUUUAGUGAUCCAGUUUUAUUACAGAGUAUUCAGCUGCUGCAGAGGCUGACCUACAAUGUUCGAGUUUUUCAUGCUGGUGCCAACAUCGAUGAAUUAAUUUCAUUUCUAAUGCAUCACAUUCAGUCCACUGAAGAUGAGUUAACAAUACCAUGUUUAGGACUCCUAGCAAACCUCUGUCGUCACAACAUAUCUAUCCAAACUCAGAUUAAGUCUUUGAAUAAUGUGAAGAGUUUCUAUCGUACCUUGAUAAGUUUCCUGGCCCAUAGUAGUUUGACUAUGGUCGUGUUUGCACUUUCAGUGUUAUCAAGCCUUACUUUAAAUGAAGAAGUAGGAGAAAAACUUUUUCAUGCCCGAAAUAUCCAUCAGACUUUUCAGCUAAUAUUCAAUAUUGUUGUAAAUGGAGAUGGUACUCUAACAAGAAAAUACUCUGUUGAUCUCCUUGUGGAUCUUCUGAAGAACCCCAAAAUUGCAGAUUAUCUUACCAGAUAUGAGCACUUCACCUCAUGCCUUGGGCAAGUAUUAGAUCUCCUUCAUGGAAGGGAUUCUGAUUCAUCAUGUAAGGUCUUAGAACUGCUACUUGCCUUCUGUUCUGUAACAGAGCUGCGUCAUAUUCUGCGGCAGGCAAUACUGGAACCCUCUGGUUUGCCAGUCGCUGGAAAUGCCAGAUUUGUAGCUCGCUCAAAGACUUUUGAACCGUCUGUUGCACUGGUGCACUUGUCAAACCAACCACUGGAAGGUUCUGAAGACUGUUCAGUUCUAGCCUUGCAGCUGUUCAAGGAGAUUUUUGAGGACGUUAUUAAUAGUGGCAACAGUGGCUCGGCUGAACACUUUGUGGAUCUUUUGUUGCCUGUUCUGCUUGAUCAUCUUCAGAUGCCAGAACAGAUUGUGGAUGAGUUACUAGUGAAGAAAAAGUGUGAACGAAUGGUUAAGGCUAUAAGUGUUCUGACAAUGCUGUGUGGAGAUGACAUACUGAAAACACACGCCUCAAAGGAACUGAGUGCCAGCCGGUGCACGUCGCUAAUAGAACACCAGUUCAUCUAUAUUGGGGUUGAUACUGGUUUUGGGACAAAGGUAGUGAACUCUGAGCUGUGCAAACUUGCUGCUGAUGUUAUUUUGAAAACACUUGAUCUUAUGAGCAGACUUAAGCAGGAGGUACCUAGUAUGGAAGUCAGCUUCUACAAAGUUUUACAGGAUCAGCGCUUGAUUACACCUUUGACAUUUGCUUUAACGUCAGAUCACAGAGACCAAGUGCAAGCUGGGCUUCGAAUAUUGUUUGAGGCAGCACCUUUACCGGAUUUUCCUGCCAUAGUGCUUGGUGAAAGCAUUGCUGCAAAUAAUGCUUACAAGCAGCACGAAACAGAGCAUGCAUCAAAAAGAAUCCAAAUGCAGUCACCCAUGAUCCAUGCUACUUCAGUGAGGAGUUCUUCAUCCCAUUCUUCAUGUGAUGAUUCUACAACUUCAAACAUUCAGGAAUUAAUACAGAAACUCCAUUCUGGGCUAGAGAUGAAGGAGCCAAUCAUUGAUAUGAGGGUAUCCGACUUAAUGGACGUUUAUGAGCAGAAACUGUCAGCGUUAGCAUCCAAAGAAAGCAGGCUGCAAGACCUUUUGGAGGCAAAGGCGCUGGCGCUGGCUCAGGCCGAUAGGCUGAUGUCUCAGUACCGAUGUCAGAGAGCCCAAGCUGAGUCUGAGGCAAGAACUCUUGCUGCAAUGUUGAAGGAUGCAGAACGAAAAAAUGAAGAACUUAAUGUUUUGCUGAAAGCUCAGCAGGUGGAAUCUGAAAGGGCACAAAAUGAUAUUGAACAGCUCUUUCAACAUAACCGAAAACUACAAACAGUUGCUGAAGAACAUGAAAUACUGAAAAAAUCCUCUAUUGAUCUUCUUCAGAAGCAUGAAACAACUGAAAGACAAUAUAAAGAUCUACAGAUUACAUGCAAUUCACUAAAUAAACAAGUGGAAACAAUGAAAAAACUAAAUGAAUCACUCAAGCAGCAGAAUGACAAGACUGCUGCACAGUUGAAAGAAACUGAAGAUAACAGAAAAGAACUACUACAACAGCUGCAAGAUAGAGACAGCAGAAUAGCAAGCUUGCAACAAAAAAUAAAAGUUCUGGAAGAAAAACUAAAAUCUCGGCAGAAAGAAAAAACAGAUAUGGAAGAAACUAUAGAUGUUCUUAGAAAGGAAUUAAGUAAAACAGAACAAGCAAGGAAAGAACUGAGCAUUAAGGCAUCUUCCCUGGAAGUUCAAAAGUCCCAGCUGGAGGGACGUUUGGAAGAAAAAGAAGCUGUUGUAAAAUUGCAGCAAGAAGAACUGCUCAAACACUCCCAUAUGAUAGCAAUGAUUCACAGUUUAAGUGGUGGCAAAUUAAGUGCAGAAACAGUGAACCUCAGUUUAUAGGGCUUCGUAGUUAGGUUUUAAUAUUUUAUACAUAUGUAUAAUUAUAUGUAAAGACUUUUAAAUUGAAGUUAG